AUGGCUGAUUCGUUAGAAGGAUUAGAAGAAUGGAACAGACAAAUUGAAAAAGCAAUCUCCAAGAAUGAAUCGAUUAUUAAAGCUUUCAAAUUCGAAAAAUUUAGCAUCAUUGGUAAUAAGGUGACCACCGAAAAGAAGGGUUAUGAAGCAAAUAUUAAUGUGAAUGAUAAGGAGAACAAUGAUGUAAUCACCGAGGAGGAGAACAAUGAAGCAGAUAAUGAAGCUAAUAAUUAUGAGAAUACCGAAGAGAGGAGCGAUAAGGCAAAUGUUGAAGCGAUUAGUAAUAAUAAAAAUAGUAUCAACUAA